CGAGUUGCCGCCCUUGCGCUGUCGUCCAGUAUGGAGAACGGCAGGACGGGAAGUGACGUAUCGGAUGGAAUGACCGCAGCUGUACGUACGGCCCGUGACGUCAGUCAGGAACCCGUCCUUGAGGAAAAUUAUCGGAUACUGAAGUAUAGGCUGCUGGGGCUAAUCGAUAACUUUCUCAAUAAGUACACUUCAUGGAUCACAUGGAUGGACGCCGGGUUGAAAGCCAAAAUUUACAAAUCUGCCAGUGGUUCGAUAAAUAUUUCACAGCAAGAAUUUCCAGAGUUCACAACCACCCAGUACUCCCGGCUCUACCGUCUGACCCAGCUCUCCGCCUACGCCUAUUACAUCAAGUCACAGGUCAGUGACCCCAGCUACGGCGCAGCUGCCUGCCAAGACAUUCAAAACAUAACAUCCAAUCUACAGAUGACAUCAUCCUGCCUGAAACAACUGGUUCAACCUGACGUCACGAACGACGCCAUCUACAACUUUGUGACGCAGCACGUCACCACGCCAGAAAUCCCCAUCCAGAACCAGCGGUCCGCCGUCAAAAGGGCGUUCACUGCCACCGUCCUAACUUUGAUGAAGGACACCAUGAGUUCUGGUUCUUUCUCUUGAUGAUAACAUGUUGCGCAGUUCACAUUUGGUUGAGUUAAACAUUUAAUAUCAUUGAAGCCUACGCAUGUUGACCAAUAUAGAACUAAAAAUAUUUUUGCGCAUAAUUAAUUAUAUUUCCAUUUGUAUAAAAAGAAUGCGGAUCAUACCAUGUGUUGUUAACCAUGCAGUAUUUUUAAAACUUUCAAUUAUGCAACUACCUCUCAAAGGUUAUUAUCAAAAGUUCAUUAACAUUGCAUUUAAUUAAUGUAUUGAUAUA